AUGAAUAACUCUACAGUGAACUUCACCUCAUCUGAAACAUCAAACUCCUCAACUCAUUUCACUGGCCUUGUAGACAGUCUACAAAUUUGUUUGUUUAGCAUUAAUCUGCUGUUUGGACUUCCUACACAUUCUUAUAUUAUAUGGCUCAUCGUCACAGGAACUGGAAGUGGAGUUGCAUCAGAGUUUUUCAUCCUCAAUCUCUCUGUUUGUGAGAUUGGUAACUCUCUGAAUAGUUUGUUUUAUAUUGUGUCAAUUUGCUUGUCAAGUAUCACAGCAUUACCACUGUUUUUACUAGGACUAGUUUUCACUGGUCGUCCUCUGUUUCAGUGUCUGAUCUGUGUUGAGCGUUACCUGGCAGUGGUUCAUCCUGUAACCUUUCUGAAGUACAAACCUCUCAGAUAUAGAGUGAUUUGCUGCUCUGCAGCCUGGAUAAUCACUCUUUCGUCCUGUUUCUUUUGCUUAUAUAUGAGUCAAACAUUAUUAGUCUUAUCAGUGGAAUUCUUGCUAAUCCUUUUCAUCCAGUUGUUUUUUCUUGUGGCUGUUCUCAGAGCUCUGAAGCAGUCAGGACCAGGAGAGAGAAGGAGAGAGAGAGAGGAUGAAAACCACAUGAAGAGAAGAGCGUUUUUAAUUAUUCUCAUAAAUACUGCAACCACGACUAUCAUAUAUGUCCCAUUUACUAUUUUAGGCCUGUUCUUUAUCUGCACCGAGCUGGAAAGCUUUCCUGCCUUUGAGCCUUACAAAUGCAAUGGUGAUAUAAACAAAUAUCUCUAA